AUACUAUCGAUAGUGCCAUCGAUAGUUUGACAACUCUAGUUCGUUUAACUAUUUGUGCAACAAUACAAUCUUCUGACGAAGUGAAAGUUUAUGGAUAGAGCUGCAAAAUGACAGACAAUUCAUUUGUUGCAGAAACAUCAAAUGAUAGGAGCAAAUCUUCGAACGAUUUAAACAGAUAUACUGAUGCAGGUUGUGUGGAUAAUGAAUAUUGGACUCGUUUUUCGCAGUGGAUCCACUGCAUGUGUGUGGUAACAUUUGAUUUGAACAUUGGACAAGCUCUUGAAUACGUUUAUCCACCACAAUUUAUGCCCACAGAAACUGAAACAGCUAAUAUAUGUUAUAUGGCCUUUCCCGAUUCCAAUUCUGGGUGUAUGGGCGAUACAAAGUUCCACAUGCGUCUUCGAAGAGCUUCCAAACAUAGCCGUAAUAAAACUUUGUCAAGGAUAUUCCAUUCAUAUAACUCUGAUUGUAUAUCCGUUCUUCGUGUAGAUGAAUCACAUUUCUGGGGAUUUGUGUACUUUCGGCAGAAACGCGAUCCUAAUCUGCCGCGUGGUUAUUUUCAAAAAAGCUUUAUCAUAGUCACACAUCUUCCAUUUUGUAAUCUUUUUUACGAUAUUGUCGCGCAAUUGGCUCCGAAGUAUUUUGAGGAGGGCAACUCAGUGCUGGAACAAGCAUGUCUUCAAAUAAAUAGCUUGUGGCCCCAGUUACAACCAGGAGUUUCCUUGGAGUUACAAUUGUUUGAUAUCAUAUAUCAAAUAAAUUUACCUACAAUAAGUGGCAAAAGGUCUACCCCUCCUCUGUUAAAAAAAGACGCCAUAAAGGAUACUUCGAUCACUCUGUUUUCAACUAAAUUUUUAAGCUCUGUUUAUGAGUUCGAGCUAUUUCAAAGCUUAAGCUUUACUGUGGAGAGCUUAUAUACUUUAUGGGAAUUAGUGCUGAUUGCUGAACCUAUUAUUGUUGUUGGCACCUCACCCGCUGAUUGUUCACACAUGGUGCAAACUCUUGUAUCACUUAUCGUUCCGAUUGAGUACUGUGCUGAAGUGCGGCCAUAUUUUACUAUACAUGAUAGUGAGUUCAAAGAGUUUACAAGAGAAUAUGGAAAAACGCCUCCUCCGGUAAUUCUAGGCGUAACAAAUCCGUUUUUCAUAAAGCUAUUCAAAGAUUGGCCCCACAUGCUGCGUCUGGUCGAUAACCAGAUGAACAUUCAGCAACAUCAACAGUUUCAAAAAAACAUGCGGAACUCAGAAUCGGUAACAUCUUUUAAUUCGAGCGGCACAAGCAUAAUAAGGAAAACUUUGCCAAGCACAGGAGCUUCUGUGCCAACUACAACAAGUACAGCAACCAGCGAUGGGACUUCACCUGGAUUAUUCACAAGAUAUAGACCGUUUUUAAAAAAAGACAAGGCCUUAAUUAAAAAGGUCUUAGCCGGCAUUAAAACUAAAAGACCAGACCAUGUACAAACCGCAUUACUACGUCGUCAUCUACUUGAACUUACACAAAGUUUUAUGAUACCACUGGAACGUUAUAUAGCGUCAUUAAUGCCAUUGCAAAAAGAUAUAAGUCCUUUCAAGUCAGCGCCGAAUGCAAACACUUUUAAAUUAGAAGAUUUCUUGGCCACUAUUGAACAGUCAGGACCACAUCUAACAUCACCUUUGAAGGGCGAUUGGAAGGGUUUGUAUCGGCGAUUUUUCAACUCAGCUAAUUUUCGUGGUUGGUACGAUACCAGGCAUCGAGAGCUACAGUUAACCUUACAGGAUCUGCAACUUCAGGCGCUGUCUGUGGCUAACCUUGAGCAAUGGGCGCAAGAUAAGCAGGAAGUAGAAAUUAUUGAUAUGAUAUUAAAAUUAAAACAAAAAUUGAAUCUCUACACUAAUACUAGUAACAAUAGCUCAACACAAGAGCAAAUACGUGCUCAGAUCACUUGUAUGAAGGAUUUACUGCCUAAUGAUUUAAAAAAUUUAGUUAAUAUUUGAUAUGUAAGUGAAAUGAAAUCUUGAACUAACUACGACAA